AUGGCACCUGCCACGAUCGUCGACAUAGGGGGAGACCAUGCCUUUCCGGAUCCUGGCAACAGCAGCUCCCUGUCGCUCCGCGGAGACUCUGGAUUAGAGAAGCGGGGGAUUGCCACGAAGCUACAAAAGAUCAGGUGUGGCAUCAACGGCGGCGGCCUCGCCAACUAUGACGAGGGCAGGGACAGGUUCGGAAAGUUCAUGAGCGGCCUAGGAAGCGGCGUGCUAUCAGUGGUCAGGCUCGUGUUGCAGGAUAAUCUCUGCAAUACUGACACCUGCGACAUGGUCCUAGGUGCAACCAUGAACACGCCUGGCUGGCUGUUGGCAGGUCAGGUUGAGCAUUUCUUUGACAGGGCCUUCGAUGACCUCCGCCAGGAGUGUAAAGAGAAGGGAGGCAGUGCCGAGCUCAUCGCCGACAACCCCAAGGCCAGCGAUGUUUGCGGUAUACCGACUUGUACUGCUGAUGGCAAGAUGGGUCUCAAAGUCGGCACCUUCGAAGCGCAGUUUUAUAUCCAUGACGGUGGAGACACGUGCCCAGCACCUACGGCUGAGCAGGUCUGCAAGAUAGAGCCGUUUGACUAA